AUGGACCAUAGUACGAUUGGAAGCGAAAUUAAUCCAAACACGGUUGGAAGUGUAAUAGAUCAAACGGCGAUUGGAAGUGAAACUAAUCAAAGUACAAUUGGAAGCAUUUUGGAUGGAAGUGCGACUGGAAGCGUUUUGGAUAAAAGUCCAACUGGAAGCGUUUUGGAUGAAUGUGCGAUUGGAAGCGUUUUGGAUGAAAGUGCAACUGGAAACGUUUUGGAUGAAAGUGCAACUGGAAACGUUUUGGAUGAAUGUGCAACUGGAAGCGUUUUGGAUGAAAGUGCAACUGGAAACGUUUUGGAUGAAUGUGCAACUGGAAGCGUUUUGGAUGAAAAUGCAACUGGAAGCGUUUUGGAUGAAAAUGCAACUGGAAGCGUUUUGGAUGAAUGUGCAACUGGAAGCGUUUUAGAUGAAAGUGCGACUGGAAGCAAAAUUGAUCAAGAAAAAAUGGAUAUACCUGCUGUUCUUCUAAAAGAAUCCGAAAUAAAAAAGGAAGUAAUUGAGGAAGUAAUUGAAUCUGAUGUUAUAGAAAUAAGCGAUGGCGAAGAUGACUCAGACACAAUGCCUGAAGGUAUAGCUAUACCUUUAACAGUACCAUGCCCUAAUAAUCUGCUUGUAUUUAAGCGUCAUUCAUCUGAACCUGAGUCCUUCGAACACAGUUUAUCUGUCGAGGUGGCUGAACGUCGAUGUUCAUCUGCUCCAAUUGACAACAAUGAUUAUGAUACAAUUGCACCAUCAGUAUGUAUAUCAUUAUCAUCUGAUAGUGGUGGCGAAUGUUCAUCCCAACAGGAACCAAAAAAAACUCUUAAACGCAAAAGAAGUCUGAUUCCAACCUGUAUCGAGGUUGAAAAUACCCGAAAAACUAUGAAACCAGGACCUAAGUCAAAAACAAGAAAUUUUGUAACUGUUCAUGAAAUGAUCACUCAGGCUAGAAAAUUUGCAUCAAGAAGGAUAAUUGACUCCAGUGAUGAUUCUGAUAGUGAUAUGAUAAUAGACGAAAAUGUAGAUAAGGAAAUUGUCACUAAUGAAGAAGACGAAGGAGAACUAUCAGAAAUCGAGUCAAAUUAUAGUGUAGACAAUGGUGUCAUAGUUAUUGAUUCAUCAUCUGACGAUGAGCCUAUGACCGAUAAUUGUGUGAAUGAAGAAUUAUUAAUAUUUAAUAUUAGUGACACAAAUACCGACUCUGAUGAUGAUACAGUAGAAAGUCUAAGUAACAAUGUAACAAUCAACCAAAUAGAAGACACAAUCAUGCAAAAUAAUGAAUUAAUAAAGGAAGAAAUUGGCUCUAAUGAUGAUGCAGAAAAAAAAGAAAGUUUAAGUCUAAGUAACAACGUAACAAUCAACCAAAAAGAAGGAAAAAUCAUGCAAAAUAAUGAAUUAAUAAAGGAAGAAAUUGGCUCUAAUGAUGAUGCAGAAAAAAAAGAAAGUUUAAGUCUAAGUAACAACGUAACAAUCAACCAAAAAGAAGGAAAAAUCAUGCAAAAUAAUGAAUUAAUAAAGGAAGAAUUUUCCUCUGAUGAUACUGCAGAAGAAAAAGAAAGUUUAAGUCUAAGUAACAAUGUAACAAUCAAUCAAAAAGAAGACAAAAUCAUGCAAAAUAAUGAAUUAAUAAAGGAAGAAAUUGGCUCUAAUGAUGAUGCAGAAGAAAAAGAAAGUUUAAGUCUAAGUAACAAUGUAACAAUCAAUCAAAAAGAAGGAAAAAUCAUGCAAAAUAAUGAAUUAAUAAAGGAAGAAUUUUCCUCUGAUGAUACAGCAGAAGAGAAAGAAAGUUUAAGUCUAAGUAACAACGUAACAAUCAACCAAAAAGAAGGAAAAAUCAUGCAAAAUAAUGAAUUAAUAAAGGAAGAAUUUUCCUCUGAUGAUACUGCAAAAGAAAAAGAAAGUUUAAGUCUAAGUAACAAUGUAACAAUCAAUCAAAAAGAAGACAAAAUCAUGCAAAAUAAUGAAUUAAUAAAGGAAGAAAUUGAUAAAAUAACAGAAGAGGAAAAUUACAAUAAUGAAAUACUGAAGAAUAGCUUAACUGAUUCAAAUGAAAUAUUAAAAAGUAGAGAAUAA